AUGGAUCCAGCAGCUUUCCAGCGCUAUCCAUGGGGUCGUGUAGGAUUUACCAGCCUUGUGGAUUCCAUUAAAAUGGAGAGUUUAUAUGGCAAUCGGAUAGAGGAAGCUGAGGAUCCACUUCUGUCAUGGCAUGGUUCUCGUCAGCGUAUCAACUUCCUUAACUUCUGUGCACAAGAGAAGAAAAAAUAUCAGAAGAUUCGUGUAAGGCAUAUGAUUGUAAAAGCAAUGGAGGACAGAUAUCCGAAAUGGGGUGAAGAUGAACCCCCUGAGGAGUUGGAUAACAUGAUAGUUGACAUCCUCAAUGAUCAGCUAAACGACAAGUUUUGGGAGGUAGUGCCACCUACCAAUCCCCUGAAGAGAAAAACUCAUGUCACUGCACCUAGUGUUCCCGAUAGAGUGGAUGAGAGCCCCUCCACAAAACGAAAGAAGAGGAAAGAAACUGCUUCAGAAAUGGAAGAAUCUCAUAAUGAUAUGCCCACCAUCAAUAUCACAAUACAAAAGUUGCUGGAGGCUGUUAACAACUUGAGUGGAAGACUAGAAACCAUGGAUGUUAGUGUAGCCGAAAGGGUUUCUAAGACAUUGGAAGCUUCUGUACAAGCUCAGAUGGAAGCUAGAAUGGGUUUAUUUGAGACUGAGUUGAAGAACAAGAUGGCCAUAUUGCAGGAAGAAAUAAAUGUUCUUAAAGGGAAGGAUAAUGAAAAAAUUCCAUCCGAUGCCGGCAACUCCAAAGCGCACGAUGAAGACGAGGCUUGUAGCAACACAAUGUCAUGGAUGGUUCAGACAAAAAAAAGCUCAGUUGAUGGUUUACCAAUACAACGUGUUGUAAAAAAAGAGAAGAAGAAUAAGAAGAUGAUGGCAGUGAAGAUAGAUGAAGUGCCAUUGAAAAAAGUGAAGAUAGAGAAACCAUUUGCUAUCCCACAUCUAAAUGACCAAUCCGUUUCCUCAGAGGGUUGGGAGAGUCAUCUAAAAUGGCAGAAAAGUGUGAAGUGUAGACUUGCGUUGGAAGCAAUUGCUUCCAGUUUGGAGGAGCCUACACGCAAAAGAAGAACCCAGCUUACAAAGACUCAAAUGCCGCCAUAUGUAGGGAAUUCGACAGUGAAACUUAGAAUGUCUAGCUGUGGGGUAUAAGUUUGAAGGCUUAAGUGAUCAGAUCAUACAAGCAAUGCGAUUGAAGAUGGCUGCGGAGAUUUUUGACGAGGUGGCUAUGGAGGAUUAGGAAGUAUAACGUGUAGCCUGUUUGUUUGGUUUUCUCUUCCUGGGAUGUAUAACUGUAGGUUUUUUAUUGUUUUUGAAUGGUUGUUACUUGGAUGGUAUUUGCUUUCGGAUGUGUAAUUUGGAUGCUAUUUAACGCUGAUGGUUUAGCUACGUUAUUCUGGCUCGUCUCUU